AUGCAACAGGCUGUAGAACGAGCUUUGGACCGUGCGGACUAUGUCAUCGCAAGUGCCCAGCAGAGGCCUCCUAAAAGGAAACGCUCGUCGAGUGGGGAAGCAUCUCUCUAUGAAAAACUUUAUGACAUGUAUGUGGAAGAAUGUGGGAAAGAGCCUGAGGCUCCGGAGGAGCUAAGAAGCAACGUGAACUUGCUAGAGAAGCUCGUCAGGAGAGAGUCGUUGCCCUGUUUGGUGGUCAACCUACACCCGGGAGAGGGGGGAUAUUCGCUGAUGCUCGAGGGGAAACAUGGGGCGUGUUCGGAGACCAUUCGGCUGCCUUAUGAAGAAGGGGAAUUGCUGGAAUACCUGGAUGCUGAGGAGUUACCCCCUGGUCUGCUGGCCCUCCUGGAAAAAUCUCAGGUUAACAUUUUCCACUCUGGGUGUGUCAUAGCACAGGUGCGGGACUACAGGCAGUGCGGUGGUGGGGAACCUCCCGGCUACCAGAGCAGGCAUAUUCUCCUGCGCCCGACCAUGCAGACGUUAGCCUGCGACGUGCAGUCCAUAAGCAGCGAUGGCCAGGAAUGGACCCAGGAGGACAAACUGCUGCUUGAGAGCCAACUGAUCUUGGCUACUGCGGAACCCCUGUGUCUCGAUCCUUCCGUAUCAGUAGCCUGCACGGCAAACAGGCUGCUCUAUAACAAGCAAAAGAUGAACACUCGCCCGAUGCAAAGGAGCUUCAAGAGGUAUUCUGCACCCUCUCUGAGUCGGCAGCGGCAGCUGUCCGGUUGCCCACCUCCUCCUGAGCUCGGAGUAUGGGCCUCUUGCCGAAAAGGCAGACAGAGCCAAGCCGGGCGGCGGUAUGACCUCAAAAUUUCUAAAGCGGGCAGUUGUGUAGAUACGUGGAAACAGAGACCCUGUGACUUGGCCGUCCCUUCUGAAGUGGAUGUGCAGAAAUAUGCCAGAGGGAAGAGGUCCGCCAGACAGGAUGUCUCACCUCCAGGAGUCUGGCCAGCCCACGAGGUGAGAGCCGGUGGUGCGUUUGGAUGUGAGGCUGGCGACGAGCCUCAGACAACGGAGCUGACCUUCAUGCAGCCGCCGCCGCUGCCGCCGAAUAAUCCACCUUUCUCUGGACCGAGAAGGCCCUGGAAGGAAGGCGGGUGGGAGGGACAGAUGUCUCCUCUGCACCCCUCCACAGACGGCCGUUCAGACAGUGUCCCGCCCGAGUCAAAGACUGCUGCUGUGGGGGUAGUCGUUCGGCCAGAGGCGGUGGUUCCGCAGAAGGCCAAGUGUCCAGUCCCCGCGUCCCACAGCUCCAGCGGCUCAGCCGGCCUCAGCGGGCUUCCUCCCGGGAAGGACCCAGAACAGCCUGAGAUGGUGUCCGUUCGGUCUCCAGGCCAGGGCCAGGGCGUCAGACCGCCAGCUCUACGCAUCAGACUUCCCUGGAGCUCAGGGGAGAGUUGGUCGGGGAACAGUUUUACUCCACGGGAGGCCAGCAGCUGUCUUAAGUCUCCAUCUCCGGCUCCUGCUUCUAAGCCAGCAAGUCUUUCCCGGCAGGCCUCCGUGGCCGUGAAUCGAGUUAGCCCGCUUCCUGCAGCGCCCCCGUCCUCCGCCAGCGCACCACAGAGGACCCCGGCGAGCCGGGUCUCGGCCAGCUCCCGGCAGUCCUCUGUGAAUGUGACUGGAGUUCGCCCGCUUCCCGCAGCCACCCUGUCCACCGCCAGCUCCCCGCCGGGAGCCCUGGCCACCCCGGUCACGGCCAAGUCCCCGAAAUCCUCUGUGAAGCAGGGCACUCGAGUUAGCAGGCUACCUGCGACCACCCCGUCCCCCGCCGGCCCAUCACAAAGCAGCCCCCACGCCCAGGUCACGGCCCGCUCUGCGGGCCCCGGUUGCGGAGCGCAGGCUUUGGAGCGGGGCUCCGGCCCCGGGCAGGGCUGCACGGCUGGCGCCACGGCUCCUGCGGGGGACAAGCCCAGCAGCCUGCCCUCAGGAGCUCGGCCCCCCAGUGCGGUGCCCGCGGCAGCGCGGGGUCCUCCGGUCCGCAUUCAGUUUUUUUUUAAACCCGCUUCCGGCCUCAGGCCAGUAACUGCACUGGAGCUUCCCCAAGAUUCGCUCCUCUUGAACACCCCGCAGCAGCCAGAGCAGCGGCUCUAUCAGUUGAUUCCCCCAGAACAACUUCAGCAGGCCCCCACUUCUGGUCCUCCGCAGCCGGUGCCACAGGGUGCAAGUGCACGAGGUGCCGCCGGUCCGAAAACGGCCUCAUCUGCUCAGCCGGCCGUGGUCCUUAGCGGGGCUGGAGAGGGGAGUUUGCCGCAGCCCCAGGCGGCGCUGUUGGCUGCGCUUGGCUCUGCGGAGAGCCACGGAAGACCCCGGCAGAUCUGCCCUCGCCCUGCGCACCCACUGCCGCCGGCCCCGCCGCAGGCACAGCCCUUGAGAACCUUGCAGGGCCCCGUGGCUGUCUCGACAGUGGCCGCGCACACAGCUGGGCCGCCUCGGGGCCAGCAGGCCGCGAGCCAGUCCGGAGCCAAAAAUUUAGCUCCUAAUAGCCUACUGCUGACCGGAAGUCUUACCGAUCACUUAAACCGUCAGCUAACAGAACUUCAGUAUUUCAUCUACAGGGAAAAUGUACUUAACUGCUUUCGUCGCAUCUUGGAAAACACCUGGGCUAUAAAAUACAGGAUUUCUUUGCGCUCUUCUUACUACAUGCUAGGCACUGUUCUGUUGUAA